AUGGGUCAAGAAUUUUCUCAUGAAGGGGUUAAUAGCGAGCAUACAUCAUAUGAUCAGUAUGAGCAGGAGGAAGAAAAAUAUGAGGAAGUUGACGUGGAUUAUAUGGAUGAGGACGACACAAGUGUGGAACUAAUGUUCGAUUAUCACGGCUUCGAUGAAGGGUAUAACAUUGACUCACUUGAAGACAUUGGGAUGAUUGAAUUUUGGAACAUCAGGGAUGAAGAUGUAUGUCAUUUUCACUUUUCUGAUGUCGACAUUGCAUUUGAGUUCUACAAUAGAUAUGCAAGGACAAGAGGCUUUAGUGCUCGGAAGAACAGGAGUAGGAAGAGUCGUGCGGGCGCACUUAAGUUGAAGAAUUUUGUAUGUCAUCGUGAAGGAUUUAGACUACAAAAUAGUUACUGCAUUGGAAACCUUAAGAGAAAACCUACACCCGAGACAAGGUGUGGCUGCAGUGCACUGAUGGAGAUUCGUGUAGAUGCACCUAGUGGUCGUUGGUUUAUUUCCUAUUUUUUUGAUGAACACAAUCAUCCGCUUCUGGAUCCUCGGUUGACUGGAUUGCUCCCUGGGCAUAGAUUCAUGUCCGAGGCUGAUAUUGGCCACAUGGUUAACAUGAAAAAGGGUGGGAUUAGUGUUGGGCAGAUAUAUCGGGCAUUAGCAAAUCAGGCAGGUGGCUACGAGUAUCUCUCUUUCACGCAAAGGGACAUGUACAAUAAAAUAGCAAAGCAGAGGCGCCAAUUACCCGGUGAUGCAUAUGCAGCUUUGAAGUAUCUAGAAGAUCAAGCAACAAAUGACCCUUCUCUCUAUUUUAAUCAUCACAUGGAUGCCGAUGGUACUUUGCGCAAUUUAUUCUGGUGUGAUGGCCUUAGUAGGGUAGACUACUCAUUAUUUGGCGAUGUGCUGGCUUUUGAUGCUACCUAUAAGAGGAAUAAAUAUAUGUGUCCACUGGUGGUAUUUUCUGGUGUCAAUCAUCACAAUCAAACAAUUAUCUUUGCUGCUGCUUUAAUUUGCGAUGAGGAAAAAGACACAUAUAGGUGGUUGCUACAACAACUGAAAGUGGCAAUGAAUGGGAAAGCACCUGUUUCGGUGAUCACAGAUGGUGAUUUAUCAAUGAAGUUCGCCAUUGAGAAAGAGUUUCCUAAUGCACAUCAUAGAUUAUGUGCAUGGCAUCUGAUUCGCAAUGCAACAAGUAACAUUGGCAAGCCCCAGUUUACCUCCAUGUUUAAAAAGUGUAUGCUAGGCGACUAUGAAAUUGAUGUAUUUCGUCAAAAGUGGUUUGAAAUGGUUGAGGAAUUUGGUGUCGAAAACAAGAAUUGGGUCCUAGAUAUGUAUAAAAAGAGACAUUCAUGGGCAACUGCACAUAUAAGAGGGAAGUUUUUUGCUGGUUUCCGGACUACUUCUCGGUGCGAGGGAUUAAACUCGAUCAUUGCAAAGUAUGUCAACUCAAGGUACAAUCUGGUUGAGUUCAUUCAACACUUUAAUCGUUGUGUCGACCAUAUAAGGUGGAAAGAGGUCCAGGCUGACCUCGCCUCUGUGAAUGGGAGACCCAGUUUGCAAACCUGUUUUCAACAGUUAGAGAGGAGUGCUGCCAAUGUUUACACCCUAUCAAUAUUUCAUAUGUUCCAACCAAUCCUUGUACGGGCUGCAUCAAUGAAGGUAAUAAAUAUGAGGCAAACUGGCUCUUAUGUGAUUUACUCUGUCGCUUUAGACCGAACGCCAAAUGAGACGUGGCGUGUAUUCUGUUGUGACAUUGAGAUGGAAUUCAAUUGUUCAUGUAUGAGAAUGGAAUCAUUUGGCAUACCUUGUGAACACAUAAUUUGUGUCUUGGUGCAUGAAGAUAUAGAGGAGUUGCCAAGGUCAUUAGUCUUGCCUCGGUGGACCAAGACUGCCAAAGUUAGUUUCCAAAAUGCUCGAGGGCUUCAUUGGGAUUCUUUGAUGCUAAGUCAAUACGGUUGUUUGAUGGAUUGGUUUAGACAACUAGCUAACUUUGCUUGUCGAGAUAACGAGAGAUUUAUCUUUAUACGGGAAAUGGCUAUGAAUUUGUUGAAACAAUUUAAGGAGGAAGAUGCUGCACAAAAAGAGUUGGUCAAUGAUGCAGAUAGUGUAAGAGAUGGUGUGCAAGUGGAUAAUUCUGGAGCUGGGCUCGCAACCAAUGAUCUCGGACAUAGCAUGCCAAGGGACCCAAGAAAAUGUAGGACAAAAGGGGGGGCUUCACAGUUCAAUAAAAGAAAACAUCGAUGUGGACAGUGUGGCAUGGAGGGCCACAAUCGAACAACUUGUCGUGUUCGUCGUGGCAUCUCACAGUCAGAAGGCUGGGGAAAUGACUCGGAUGAUCACAUGAACAUUGAAGAUGACUCAUUGGUAUAUGAUGAGAAUGCUUCGUACAGUAGCAACGAAGUGAUCCUAUAUUAUGCUAGAUUCUUUGCUGUGGAGCAUAAAGGUGCCGGAUUAUUCUCAAGGAAAUGUGGUGAAUAUUUAUUUGUUCUUCUUAGAGGCCAUAAGAAUGGACGAGAGGCUGUCAAGUACUUUGGACCAGCACCUGGUGUGCCCCAUAGUCACACCAAGCCCUAUUUCAUUUUUAGUUCAGUUUUCCUUCCCUCAAAGGGGAAAAAGGAUUGGAACUCGCUCAACAAUUUUGGUUUAGUUGCUACCGUUUUAUUGAAAACCAUGAAAGGAUUGAUGAGUAGAAAUUCUUCAUUUGUUCGUGAUCGUUAA